UCCUCAGCCUGCUCCAUUCAAAAAUGUGGGCAUGAUUCAGCGAAACUACAUAUGUCGCUCGUCUCAUUGUUCCCGUACAUUGAAUCUUUUUAGAUUCGAUUUCUAAGAUUAUCGUGCGCAAGAAGCGGGUUUCGCCUGCACCGACAACAAGGGACAAUGGGUGACAAGCCAACAUUCGUACUUCUUUCUCAGAGGCUCCCCGCCGACACCCUAGCACACAACUUUCUAGGACGCAUUGUCGAAAAUGUUAAGUACCCAACCUUCGGGUUUCGGCCAGAAGAUUCAAGUCCACUCUUUACCGAGUCACCAAUCGAAGUUUCCGAUACCGAUGCUUCGAUCUACCACGAAGCAAACAGAGAGGGCUCAGCAAAGGGAGAGCUCAGCAGACUUUUUGGGCUUUCGGUGAGAGAAACCGAAGAAGAAAAGGCAUCCCUCAAAGGCAAGACUAUCGUCACCAGACUCCUUCUGCAACAUCGUGACGUCUUCAAAAAUAUCAUGAAACUCCACGAGGAAUCCAUUACGGAGUUUGUCGAGGAAAAUGACAGUGUUGGGUACAUGGUCGUUGGCCUCAAGAACAUUUUCAACGGUACCAUGGAGAGAGCGUUCCAGAAGUUUCGACACCUAAAUGCGGACGUUUCAUUGCCUAUUGGAACCGCAGUGUGGGCAGCUUCUUCGGGGGCACUGAAUCUGGGGUCAGCUGUUGAUCCCAAGGCGGAAUUCGGCAAACACAGCACCGCCAAAUGGGCCGCAUUCAGCCAAAUCGAAGACGAACAGAUCUUCGCUGUUCAGUAUCGCAUCAUUGAAUUGAGAGAGGGCUUAAUCAGCUGCUGGGGCAAACCAAAGCUGAAGAUAGGAGGGGUCAUGGAAUUCCAGGAUGGUGUAUUUGGGGAAGGCGAACACUCGAGGUUCCAAAAGAAGGCUGUUCUUGAGGAAGACGAUGAGGAGCACAGUAGCGAUAACGAUGAGGGUGAGCUGGUCUUGUCGGAUAAAUCAUUAAGAGACGAGGAAUUCGACUUUCUGGGGUUAACAUUUGUGAGUUGAAGAAUUUGGUCGAGCACCGAGACCUGGUUUAGGUUACAAUUGCUGGUUUUGUCGACAUAUGUUAUUACACUUCAAUUGAAGAGAUAGAAAGCUGAACGAAGAUAAUAGCACCUAUUAUUAUUAUUAUU